AUGGGGGCGGCUGCUAGGAAAGAUUGGGUUGAUGUGCAGCAGUUACGGAGCGGAGUCAAGAGUCGGACGAUACCAAAGUGCAAAGGGUGGCAUACCAUUCAAGAAGGUUGGAGGAAAUGCGGGGUGAACGCUGCGUUUUUCAAUGAAGCGUGCUCGUCGGGGGCUGGUAUGGUUGUGAGGGAUGUGAAUGGCGUUUUUGUAAAGGUUAGAGCUGUGCGUUUUCAUGGCUGUCCGAGUGUGGAGGAGGGUGAAGCUAUGAGUCUUAGAGAAGCACUUUCUUGGAUCAAAGAAAUGGUAUGGAUAAGGGAGAUGUUGGAUGCAAAUGACAACUAUACUGUUAAUUUUGUUAGAAGAGAUGCCAAUAAGUUAGCCCAUCUGUUUGCUAGAUCUUCCAAGGAUAUUGUGGUUGCAAAUGUUUGGGAUGAAUCUCCAGCUUUUGUGGAGAGUCUUUAA